AUGACUCCUUUCGCCUUCAAGGAUGAUUCCCGCCCAUCUCAAUCCACAUCAACGCAGAAGAAUAGCUCAACCCAAGCAAGAAACCUUCAAGCUCAUACCCGUCCAUGCCCGAUACUAUCACAAUCGACUCAAAACUCAACACCGAUUACUAACACUAAGCGGCCCCCUCCUAGCGACAGCCACCCAGCCCAAUCGAUCAAAAAAUCACGGGCAACCCCACCCACUCAAGACCUUCGGCUCAAAGACAACCUCGACGAAUUCCCCGUUGACGGUGAUAUAGACUUCCUCGAGCAGAUUCAUCAAUCAGACCGCAGCCAGCCCUCCAAUCUUGACAAACAACAAGUCAGACCUACCCACCCCGCAAACAUUACCGCCCAACCCAAGCCUUUACCACUGGGACCUUCCCAUAUCGCCCAACCCAAUUCAGCCGUCUCAACACCUUCCAAUCUUCAUGGUCGACCCACCCUUGGCCCACUUGGUCGGGUAUUUGUCGAACCCACCAUGCAAGAAAUUGAUCUUGAAACUCUUUACAUUAAGCGACAUACAUGCAUCUCUAGGCUCGUGGUGACUCUAGAGAACAUGAUCAGUGUCUUUCAGACUGGAGAAUGCUCGACGGGUGAAGACUUCGGCUGUUUACUCAAUACAAAGUCAUAUUUGGACGGCAGACUUGCUGAAUUCAAUGCGGAAGUCAAGCGGCGCGAAUCCAUCGGAACCAUACUCGAAUCCACCAAACCAUCCGUUGGACCGAUCCCUACGACAAGUAGGAUUGACCCUCCUAUCAGUCGCGUUGCUCCUGCCCUGGUCACUUCUCCUUCAACAUCAUCGCGUCUCUCGAACGAAAACCUCGCUCCUCCAACCAAGCCAUCCUCAACCGAUCAUCAAACCCCCAGAUCUACAUAUCGUUCAGCUUCUGCAACAACAAUUCCCAACCCCCCUUCACCAAAAACGACCCGCCCAAAUCAAGCAAUCCAUCAACCUGCUCACCUUGAAAGACCUGCUACCUCUAAUUCAACAAGAACCUAUCAAUCACAGUGCAACAUUCAACCAAAAAGUAACAUCCAACCAAAUAGCAACUUUCAACCAAACAGCAACUUUCAAUCAAAUAGGAACUUUGCCAACGAUCUUAGAAUUUCAAGUCCAAAUCCAGCCGAUGAGCCAGAACCUGAAUGUAUUGAUGAACCCUUGCAAGAAGCCAGCCACGACUCAAUAGAUCCAUAUCUUCUGGAGGGUAUCUUUUCCGCUGAUGAGGAUGACCUUCAAGAGCUAGAGAAUGGCUAUCCAGAUCAAACCAACGACUCCCAAAAUGCGGCACCGAGCGGGUCUAUAGACAUCAUCCAACCCACUCGAAGUAAACAUUCAGCGACCAAAUCAAAUGUACCACCAAUCGAAACAUCAGUUGCAAAGACCACACAAACUGUCGAAGACUAUUCUAAGAAAAUGAACCAUCGUUGGUCUAGAGACGUCGGCAAAGCUCUCGCCAAAAUAUUCAAACUGCACACUUGGAGACACAACCAAGUCGAUGCCAUCAAUACUACACUCUCUGGAAAAGACUGCUUUGUUUUAAUGCCCACAGGAGGGGGAAAAUCUUUGUGCUAUCAAUUACCAGCCGUGGUAAGGUCGGGUGCGACCAAAGGCGUAACAUUUGUCAUCAGUCCUUUGAUCAGUCUGAUCACCGAUCAAGUUCAGGCAUUGUGUGCUAAAGAUAUUGGAGCCGCUGCGUUCACGGGUACGAUGACAGCCCAAGAGAGGGACUACGUGAUCAACGAUCUCCAAUCAGACGAACCUGCCUUGUGUCUGGUUUACGUCACUCCUGAGAUGAUCAUGCGAAGUUCUGUAUUAUCCAGAAUCCUAACCGACCUCAAAAACCGGAAGUUGCUGGCCCGCUUUGUUUUCGAUGAGGCGCAUUGUGUAAGUCAAUGGGGGCAUGAUUUCCGUCCCGAUUAUAAGGACAUCGGUCCUAUGCUUCGAAAAGAAUUCAAGACUAUCCCAUUUAUCGCUUUGACGGCAACAGCAAACCACCGGGUCCAGCAAGAUGUGAUGUCAAACCUGCAGAUAACUGGCUGUCGGGUCUUGACCCAAUCCUUCAACCGAGCAAAUCUGAGAUAUGAGGUCCGACCUAAGACCAAGGACGUGCUGAGCGAUAUCAUCCGGAUCAUCACCGUUGAUCAUCAGGGUGAAAGUGGGAUAAUCUAUUGUCUUUCGAAGAAGCAAUGCGAAGAAGUUGCCGCACACCUCUCCACAAAGAACCGGAUUAAAGCUCACCAUUACCAUGCUGGAAUGUCCAAGGAGGAUCGGCAGAAAAUUCAACAUGGCUGGCAAGUUGGCAAGUUGCAAGUAAUUUGUGCAACAAUAGCUUUCGGGAUGGGAAUUGAUAAGCCGGACGUUCGGUUUGUCGUUCAUCAUUCGAUGCCCUCUUCUCUCGAAGGAUAUUAUCAAGAAACAGGUCGAGCAGGGAGAGAUGGUCAGAUUUCUGAAUGUAUCUUGUUCUACUCUUAUCGAGAUUUUACUGUAUUUAUGAGAAUGGUGGAGCAAUCGACGACCUCGAAAGACCAAAUCGAGCGGCAACAGGCGAAUGCGAAACAAGUGGUCGGGUUCUGUCUUAAUAAGGUAGACUGCAGAAGGUCACAGAUCCUCAGUUAUUUCGGCGAGAAAUUCUCGGCUUCGGAGUGUAUGAAGACCUGCGAUACGUGCAUGAACCCAGAAACAGUUGUGAUGAAAGAUGUCUCGCAGUUGAUGAAGGGGGUCGUCAAAGUAGUCAAACAAAUCACCGCCCGUCGAGCCGAGUCGGUUACCAUCGCUCAUAUCGUCGAUGUCUUUAGAGGUAGUAAGAGUAAAAAAAUCACGAAUGCUGGACACGAUCAACUAGACGGUGCUGGACAAGGCAGUACUCUCGAUCGAACGGAUUGCGAGAGGUUACUUCAUCUGAUGGUUUCGCGAGACAUCUUGAACGAAAGAUAUGAGUCCAAUGCCAUGGGUUUCACCAAUGCCUAUGUCCAGCUUGGGACGGCUCAUCAGGAGCUACUAAACAAUAAAGGGCCGGUGAUGAUGGCAUUCAGCAGAGAGACUGGUACGACAAAACGGACCGCGCCGACCGGGCCGCCGAAGAAGACAGUGGUCAGGGCCAAGAAAGGCGGGGGGAAGGAGGUCAGCGUAGUGGAAGAUUCAGAUGAAGACUUCGUCGUCAAUGACUCUCACGAAUCCGACGCGCCCGCAAGACCAGCUAGAGCCUCACGCACUCAAAACGGCGGACCCCCCGUCAGAGGUGGCGUCAAGAAAGCCCUCGCUACUAUUAAAGCUAAACAUCAGUUAAACGAGCCUCAAUCUACUGGGGCGGGUUCGGUCCAAGACUGUUAUAAUGCCCUUCUUCUACUCAGGGAUAUCUUAACGGAUGGUGACGUUGUGGAUGAAGACUUUCCUAGCGAGGAAGCCCUGCAGACAAUAGCUUGCAUUCACCCUCAUUCUCUACAAGAAUUAGGUGCUAUUGAUGGACUCUCAAAGCAGUGUAUUGACCAACAUGGCGCAUCUAUUAUGAAAGUCUUGAAUAAAUUUAAAUCUCAAGAUUUGAAUCAACCACCGCAAAAAAACAGCCACAAUACCCGGCAAGAAAGCAAAUCGACCACUUCGACGACUAACCGGCCCGUUGAUUUUCACCAACACGUUUCGAAAUACGUGGCGUCAACUACUCAAGGCUCGAAAACGACUGCGAGUAACAACUUCAAGAAAUUCGUCCCUCGCACCGCUGGUGGGAGCUCGGCUGGAAUUAAACCAAUGCCUGUCCCGCGAUGA